GUCCAACCAGGGCCUCGCGCGGUAAGGCGCGAGCCAAUGAGCGCUCGCCGUUUUGCGAGGGCCGUUUGUCUCCGUUCCGAGCGAGGCUAUUCCUGAGGGGAGUGAGGGAAAGAGAGGCGCCGUUUUCACCUCGCUCGUCAUUUUCUGUCUGCGCGCAAGCGGGGCUAGUGGGGGGCGGGAGGUAUCCUGCGCUACUCUCCCUUUGGGCAGAGCUAGGCCAUGGCGUCGUCGUCGCCGCCUAAAUCAGGCUGCUUUGCGGGCGAGUUGGCCGAGGUGGAGAUCGACUCCGACGGCUGUUUCAAGUACAUCCUGGUGCGGGUGCAGCGCGGAGGCAGCGGCCAAGGCGGUGGCCAAAGUGGUGGCCAACAAGGCUGCAGUCCAGGCCGUAUUGGCAGCCCAAGCCGCGGCGGCGGCAGCCCAAGCCGUGGCGGCGAGUGCAGAGACAUCGUGAGGGGGACCGCUUCCGCCGAGUUGCACAGUGAGAGAUGAGAUUUUACACGACGCCUUCGCACCCCCCGGCCAGGCGGCUCACAAAUGGGAAAAUAAGACAUAAGCGUCUCUCGCUCAAUCCACCACUUUGCGAAUUGUUAUUAGGGACUCUUUAACAGAUAAAAUAAUAACAGCUAGAAACAUUUGGCGGGGGUUGGGAAGGGGAAAACAAAAAAAACCCACAGAUAAAAAUAAUAAUAGCUAGAAACAUUUAGCGUCGGGGGAGGGGAAAUGAUUUAAAAAAAACCCCCACAGAUAAAAAAUAAUACCUAGAAACAUUUUUUGGGGGGAAGAACCAUUUUUUAAACCAAAAGUAACAACAGAAACAUUGGGCAGGGAGGGAGAGGUGGGGGGGGCAAUCAUUUAAAACUGGCGACCUUCAGCCCUUCAGAUGUUUUGGACUACAACUCCCACCAUCCCUGACCCCGGCUGCUGUUAGCUAGGGAUCAUGGGAGUUGUAGGCUAAAACAUCUGGAGGGCCAUAGGUUGCCUAUGCCCGAUUUCUAAAAACCACCGAUAAAAAUAACAGCUAGAAAUGCGGCGGGGGGGAGUUAAAAAAAGCCACACAGAUAUAGAAACAUUUGGUGGGGGGGAGGUGGGGACAAUCAUUUUUUAAAAAUAAAAAAACACCCACAGGUAGAGAUUUAUCAUCCAAUUAAACCAUGUGAAUAUGGGCAUAGCCAAGAGCCGCCGCCCCAGUCAAAAAUUACUGAAGGGUGCUAAAAAAUAAUUAACAAGGUUCUGCACCACCACCGCCCCAGCAGAAGCUUGACCCCGAAAUGAAAGCCUGAGGGCCCCCCACGGUGUAACAUAGGCGCAGCCAAUGAUUUUUAUAUCAUUAAAAAUACACAAAAAUCCUGGCUUUGCCCAUGCCCUGUAAUUGUCCUCAAUCUUUUUUUUUUAACCUGAGAACUCAGAAGUGCUUUUUGGGGACAUUUCCCCCCAAAAAGAUCAACAAAUUUUCUUUUGCUCCACCCCCCCCAAACAAUUACAAUAAAAAUGGCAUGGUGCCCACCCUUUAAAUAAAAAUCUGUUAGUUUCCCAAAGCCUGUUGGAAGAAGAAUGCAAACGUGUGUCUGCAUUGCCACCAGCAAUUUUUCUUCUGUUGCUUUGUCUUGCUUGUGGGAAGAAGGAACAUGGCUGGGCUUCUCAUAAAUACACUUGUCAGCAGCUUGGUUGGGACUUCUGCGACACCUAGAAAAAUGAAAUUUGAUACACUGGAGUCCAGCGGGGUACUACAAACACUAGAAAAUGGAAGUAUGAUAGUUUUUUUUAUAAGGGUGGGGGAGAGAUCCCAAAAUAAAUUGAAAUAUAAACUUUGUAGUCCCAGUUAGAAGACUUAAAUACUAGGCCAUAUGUAUGGUUCACGUACAAGAGUAUGAACUAGUGCAGGUAUAAAGUUAGGGAAACCCAGACAGAUGGGUGGGGUUUAAAUAAUAAAUUAUUAUUAAAGUUUGAAAAUCCUGCCCUAAAGUGUUAAGAUGCCUUCACAAUCCCCUAUAUAUUCCUAACAUGGUUUUUUUAAGGGGGAGUGGGGAACCAUCCGAACCUCCUCAUAUUUUUCCUUAUUUUGAGCCAGCCUGAAUAUACCUGUUGCGCUGCCCGGAGUAUUACAUAUAGCAGUAGAAAUAAAUAAAAAAAUUGUCCAGUAGCACCUUAGAGACCAACUAAGUUUGUUCUGGGUAUAAGCUUUUGUGUGCAUGCACACUUCUUCAGAUACACUGAAACAGAAGUCACCAGACCCUUAUAUAUAGUGGGAGGGUGGGGUGGGGUAUUUCUCAGGGUAGUAGGAGAUGUGUGAUUGACUCAAUGGGUAUAGGAAAAAGCAAGGGAUAGUAUGCAGAUGACCAAAAAUAGCUUUAGCAUCUGUAAUGAGACAAGAAUCCAAUAUCUCUCUUCAGACCUGGUCUCCAUAGUUUUCAGUUUAGUAAUAAGUUGUAAUUCAGCAACUUCUCUCAUCUAUUUCUGAAAUUCUUUUUUAAUAAGACAGCUGCUCUUGUAUUGAAUGUCCUGGGAGAUUGAAGUGUUCUACUGGUUUCUCUGUCUUGUGAUUCCAAUCUGACACCAGGAAUCACAAGACAGAGAAACCAGUAGGAGAACAUUUCAAUCUUCCAGGACAUUCAAUAAAAAGGUGCUUUUAGUGAAAAGGUGCUUUUAGAUAGGGGUGUAAUACUGUAAAAAUGGGUCAACGAGAUAUCACAAAUGGGUCAUAAAUAACAGGUUUUGUUUAAUGUACUGAACCUUCCCCUAGAAAGGGUAUGUUUGGACGAAAUUGGGGAGGGAGGGAGAUACAGACUGGGAUUUUGAUGGUAUUGACAGUGAGAUACUGUGGAAAUCUUAACGCAUGAGUAGCACUAAUCCCAUAUUGAACACACAUCUUGAAUCACUCAAAAGUCCUUUACAACCAUACCUUAUUCUUCUGAUAAUCCUAGGAAGUAAGUCACUGCUAAUGCCAUUUUACAGAAGAUGGACUGAGAAUAAAAUACUGUACGCUUGCCCAUGGCCAUUCAGUGAAAUCCAAUAAUAAAUGCGGUUCUCCCAGGCUUAAGUACAACUAGUCACUGAAUUUCUCUAUUCUAAUGGGGGUUUCCCCCUCAAUUGAUAAAUAAGAAAAGAUGAGGAGCACCAACCUUUGUAAUAAUUCCUGACGUCUUUAGGCCUGAACCACCCAUGUUAAAAAUGCUCCAAAUCUGUACAGCUGUAACAUAUUAAAUGCUAACGUUCAAAUGAGGCAUAAUUAUUUUUGUACUUCAGGUAUUUCCACCUUUAUUUUUAUAAGGUAUUCUUAGUACUAUUAUUGUUUUGUAGAUCACAUAUAUGAAAAGAUAUGUUCUGAAAUUGAAAAGAUGGGCUGUAUGUGCAAGUGUCUUGGAGGAGGAAAAAUUGAGCACAAUAGCAGAGACAAAAAAAUCCAUGUAUCUGGUGUUUCUCCAGUAAGUGUUGUAUACAUCCAGUUUCUAAAUAUGACGAUUCACUUUGCAAAUAUGCUAGUAAUUAAUGAUAAUGUCACAAAAAUGUGUUUCAUAUUGGUCUCUGAGAAGAAGCAGACAAUUUUACAAAUUACAUAAUACUGACAGAACUUGAAUAUUUGUUUAGUAUGUGAAUGUCAGUCACUGCAUAAUCCACUAAGAAAUAUACUUUUACAGGAAACAAGAAAUUACUUGUAUUAUUUUAAAGCUUUAUGAAUAAAAUACCGAAUUCUUCAAAAUAAAUCCCUAUGAAAAUAUAAUUUUAUAAUCAAGUUGCUACAAAAGCUCAGGGCAGGUGACAGCAUCCUAAAACAAGCUAGUAAAAUGACCUGUGAGAAGAGCCACAGAAUCAAUCAAGACUGGUUUGCUGAAGUCCAGCAUCUACAACUAUAUUGACUAUUUAAAGGUUGCUAAUAAGAGGUCCAGACUUCUCACAUGCAAAGGAGAGCCAUUCUUAUCACAAUUUUAAUGAGCUUAAAAAAAAAAAAAACCUCUCUUUAAUAUCUAGCAUCAGGAAGAGUUCUGGAGAUCUUAAAAGCUUGCAAACGGUUUUGUUAAAUUUUGAUUGGCCUAAUAUGGAUUUAGGAUGGUGUAGGAACUGUUAUAUAUUCUUACUUCUCUUGUUUUCCCCACUACUCUUGGAGAAAGCACAGGACAGAUUUUCCAUCCUCAUUUUCCUUUUCGUUUCCCAAGCAUGUCUUACUAUCAUAUGGGGGAGUAAUCUGGCCUUUUGGGUAGAGAACAGAGAAAAAAGAUCCCAGUUGAUACAAACUAUGUGGUGCACUUAGGUACUUAUUAAACAAAUGAAAAAUGAGAUUGGUAAUCAUAUGUUGUCUGCCCUCCCACCAGAUAUCAAAGAGAACAACAACUACCAGACUUUUAGAAGACAUCUGAAGGCAGCCCUGUUUAGGGAAGCUUUUAAUGUUUGAUGUAUUAGAGUAUUUUAAUAUUUUUUUUGGAAGCCGCCCAGAGUGGCUGGGGAAGCCCAGCCAGAUGGGCGGGGUAUAAAUAAUAAAUUAUUAUUAUUAUUAUUAUUAUUUGAAGAAAUUCUAGCAAGAAUCUUUAGCACACACAUUUUCUCUUUAGGAGUAAUAAUUUUGUGCAUUCUUCUUUCCUACAGGCAUAUGGUAAAGCUGAUCAUUCCAUGACUGUGGCAAUACUGAAGAAAACGUUUAAGGAUUAUGACAUUAGUUGUUCAGAUGACUAGUGAACCGUUGCUUUGCAGUCUAAAAUUUAAAGUCAGUUUGUUCUUGGUUCUUUUCAACAUAAUUCUAAGCUUCCACCAAAAUGUGUAAUGUAUUUAGCUUAAUGCUGAAUAAAAACUUUGACUGUGAA